GCACAGCCGGUCGCGUAGUACGGAUCGUAUGGAACGGUUACGUUGACUGGUCGUGAGUUAAAACUCUUUAUCGCGUAGGCCGUAGAGAAACGUGCGUGUGACACACACGUUCAUUGCUUUCUACUCUUCUUUCAAGGAAGCACACGGUCACUUUGGACGCGACGAACGCGUGUUCGCGUUUAAAAAACAAACCAAUUACUUAGUGCGUGAUCGCAUUUCGCAUCCGUGAUUCGUCUAGUGAAGGGGGAAUCUGUGAAAGACUUCGUCGACGGACUCUAGAAAUGAGAAAUCUUGUGGAGAAACAGCUGUCCUGGCUUGCCCUGCUUGUGACUGCGUUCUAUUCUUUGAUAAGCAGUUGUCGGAGCCAGGACUGCACACACGAACGAAUGGUAGAGUGCGGUAGAGCCCUCGAGAGAAUCAGCAACAACGAUUUGAGUUUCGCGACUAAAAAGGUGGAACUGCAACAACUAUGCCCACACUUCGAGGCUGGGAUGAAGUGCAUCCAGGCGUAUACGCUCGACUGCUUGGAUGAGAACCAAAGGGAGCGUUUCAACUCGCUGUACGCGGGCACCAAUCAGGUGGUUAUGGAGCUCUGUCACGACGGCCCUUUUCAGGACGAAUUCUUGAAACACGCGCCAUGCAUGCAAAAGGUGCAGCCCACGUACGAACUCUGUUUCAAGAAAUAUCAGAAAAUCACCCAGGACAUCGAAAAACGAAAUAUCUCGACGAAUUGGGACGGAUCCCUCAAAUCCCUCUGCUGUGGCUUCAAGGAGUAUGUGGAGUGCUCGCAUCAUACGGUUCGUCGAGAAUGCGGCGAUGACUCGGCUCAGUUUACAAAGGAGUUCCUUGACAGAAUGUCGAACUCGCUUUUGAGGGCGUCUUGCGAACCCUACACCGAGGAGGUGUGCGCAAUCGGCAGCGGCGCCAGCAUCUUCAGGGUGGAGACAAUAGUCCUCGUGUUGGUGGUCCUCGCAAGGUACUUCACGUAAGUGGUUAAGCACCACUCGUGGCCGGAAAAAGGGGACGAUUUCCGUGCACAACGAGCGCCGUGCUGAAAACCCGGGGCCCUCCGUUCGUUCUCCGCUUCCGAUUCGCCAAAGUACAUAUAUAUAUCUUUUUUUUUCUUACUUUCGAUGAGAAAACCAAGAAGAGAAAUGGGCACACGCGCGAGCGGACUGUCGAGUAUCGAGAGGCACGGAGAAGGAAAUAGAGGACAGAGACGGAGAAGAAGUUGAGAGAGCAAGGUAAAACCAAGGAAGAACGGGAUCAAAGCAACGACACUGCGAGCGGAGAAGAAAGUUUCGCCACGCACGUUUCACCCCUACAGAAGUUUCUCUCUGCACUCGUGCGGGAAGUGUUUCUCUUUGACACGAAACUUGGCUUGCGCGAGGAAAACAAAGGGGAGAACGUGCUUUCAGACACCGAGACGAGCUUAAUCAAGCAAUCAGAUGCCACGAGCUAGACUUGGUACGUGUUCGUUCGACUGUUAGUUGGUCGGUCGAUGCCUGGAUCGAUGAAACCGAUCUGGAUUCCUGGUUAGAAAAAGAUGACGUUCAAGCAGGAAAUGGAUAAGUGUCGAGAGUAAACCUGGAGAACGCAGAGAUGAAAUUGACACCAGCGUAGCAGAUAUCCAAGUGUUGUGCUUUGGUUGCAUUAAGAUUUUAUUUACCAGGUAAUUAUUUGAAUUCAAGUAUUGUUCGCAAAAGACGCCAUAGAAAUAUUAAAGAAGCACGGAGAAGUAUACUGCGCGUCAUAGAAGAUAAAACCAUCUCAAAAGAUAGCGUUACAUAGACAAGAUAUCUUCCAUGCAAGACCAUCAUUAGCGAUCAUAGUUAUCUUCAAGUUCUUAGGACAUUUACAUUCGUCUUCGUUAUUAGGAGGAAACUAGAAAUAUUCCUCACAUCUUGAAAUUGAACAUCGCAGGCGGACUGUUACCUAUUACAACGACCAACAUCAUCCAUUCUUUCCACCAUUCGAAGAAUCGGAAUCGAAGAUGAAACCCUUAUCUCCGAGACAUCGUGCAAAAAAAUGUCACCACGAGGAAAAACGAACGCGGAAUGCAUCCGUCGCCUCCGAUAGUUCUGCAUCUCCUGUUCACGGUUUUCGAUCGGAAGAACUUGAACCAUCGUGAAAAGCUGAAUCUUCCCUUUCUUUGGAAAAUGCAAAAUCGUAUUAUCGAUUUGUGGGUCGGAAUCUCGAAAUAUAAGAGGUGGAGAUGGACAGUGAUUUCUCCGCUGAUGCUUUCUUUUGGGGGGGGCGAUCGCAGACGACUAGAGAUGUUCGACUUCAAAGUGUCAUUGUUCAAGAUUUGGGCGAUCGAGUAUCUCGUUUUCCAACUCUGCGAUUCGACUACCACGAUUAUUUGGAUUUGGUAGAUUCUUUUGAGUAGUCACUCUCUAUGGUCUAUGCACGUCAAAACGUAAACGAUCGAAACAAGUACAGAUUUGCGAAAAGGCAAUCACAGUGAUACCAAUUCAGUUCAUUGAAAUUAUAAAAAAAAAAGAAAGAAAAAGAAUAGAACAGGAGUAACAGAAGAAACUACAAGCAAGAUGCAUCUUCUUAAAAUAGUUCCAGUUCCCGCGUAAGAGAAUAAAAUGUUUCGCAAGACGGAUGUUUCGAGUGCGAGGCUGCGAUAAGCGAGAACACUUGGCUUCCGGGUAAAAGGAAACCGUGACAACGUUUCAAAUACAAGAUCCGUGCUCCCGUGAGUAGCUUCGUUCUCAGGCGACGUACACAAGUCGACAAUCACGGAACUCUUACAAGCUAAAUAAAUUCGACAAACGAAGUUCGUAUCGUUACAAUGAACACUCCAUCUUGUCCCGCGGCAAAAGUGGAGUCUUUUCUGCAACGAGUGUCCCGUGCAGCGGCGAGCAAACGUUGGAAGAACGGAGCAAAAAUGUUGGCCAUUGAAAGGAGGAUCCGGGGGAGGAAGUUGGAGUGGCGAAAAUCUCUGAAAGCGGUUCAGAAUGGAAAGGAUGAAAAGAGGCAGCGAGCAGAUAGAAACGCGAAGAGAAUUCAUUCUAUCCCUCUUUCGGCUCGGAAACACCUUUCGACUAGUCAGGCACAGCUUCGUGAAAUAAAGAUGACGACGUUGAUAACAAUGUUGUUCGGAGGCGAGGCUGCCGACGCCCGGACGAAUCUUCCACCUUCUUCGGCAAAGAAUCGAUACUUUUCCUAGAGAGCGGAUGAAACACAAGUAAUAGAAAAAGUCGGAUGCAGAAGACGUUUUCCAGUUCCUCGAUUGCUUAUGCAGUCGUCGAGUGAGGAGCACGCUCGAUGUGGGAUAAUCGAAAAGUGGAGAGCGACGGUGUGACAAGGAACUGAUAGAUAGGUGAUUGCAUGCAAAACUAUGUCUACAUACUAUUGACACCGGAAUCAUUUCUUGAAAGAAAUAUAAGUUUCCCCGAAGACUGCUAGUCUAUCCCUCUAUCUCCAAAGAAAUUCCGUACUUCCAGAUUCGCAGAAUUGAGAUAGACUCGUCUUUCGUUUAUCGAAGAUCUCAUCGCAACGACGCAAAAUACAGCCGACACUGCCAACGUUAACCCAAAUACCCGAGUGCUUGGUUUCUCAAGCUAGUUUUAAAAUUCGACGACGAUCACUCGAAAAACAGCAGUCAACUCGACCGUCCGAGUGCCUUGUUCUUCAACUCUAGUCUUUAAAUUCGACGGUCUAACGUAAUUUACAAUCAGCGAUCACCAAAAGUAAAUCGUCCAAUUUAGGGACAAAGAAGAGCUUUUCUUGUUUCGGUUUGAAGAAGACUAUUUACUUGCCGAAGAGGAGAACGUCGAAUCGAGUCCAGCGUUAAGCACAUCACUUUGUCUGGCAUCAAGACCACUCACGGGAAAACAGAUAGCUCCAACCGUUUGCUCGAGUCCUCGGCUUUAUCGUUUGUCCAGAAAGUGGCGAGAGGAGCGCCAACGUCGAAAAGAACUGUCACCGUUCUCUAUGCACUCCAUCGGAGAGUGCAUCGCGCAUCGCAAGCGAACUGGAAACAAGGAGAAAGAAGCUUGCGAACCCCGCCGCGUCCCUAAAGGACGGUUCCUUCCGGUACGUCCCUCGAACGAUCGCUGUAAGCAGAGAAAGAUAACGGGUCGUGCCCUCGAGGAGUCGAGUCUCGCGUUGAAAGGGAAUUACUUCCAGCGCGGUGGGUCAGUAGAAGUUACAUCUGGACAUCCGAGGUCCUGCGAACCAGGGUUCCGUGAACUUGCGGGCAUUCGUCUACUCUCUGCCAAAUUCCCGAUAGAAAUAUAUACACGAGGUAAAUGAUGUAACGUGAACACCUACGAUUAAAGUUCCGUACAUAGCGUUCAAGAGUCCGAGACUUUAAAGCCUAUAACCUUGUAGAUCUGAAGACCAGGAACAAACAUUAUCUUUUUUCCUUUGCCAUAGCAACUAGUUUUCUUAUCGUCACACAAUUCAUCGAGGACGAGUACUCGAAUAACCGUCCAACUCUAGUCUACAACUGGGAUUGUCUGCUUCCAAAUGUUAACAUGGAAUCCGUUCUUACCUUGAAUGAUCGUGGUAUUGCCAACGAGUGCUAGAAUAUUUCUAAAUGAUCGGAUCUAUAUUAUAUAUCUUGAUUCGAGGAAUAACGAAUUGACAUUCGUGAUGAACACCAUUUCCAGAUUUAAAUGUCAUCGAACUUCUACGGCAAUUUUCAAGAGACACACCUAUUCGAAGAUGUUUUGACGGAAGAAUGGGAUAAUAUUUGGUUGAAAAGUAUUCAUCUAUUUCAAGAAGAAUGGGAGCUGCAUUAAAGGCAAUGGAUGGCCUAACACUAUGUUGAUAAAACAAUACUGCGAAUUUCACAGGUGUUUCAAUUAUGCUCAACUCUGCAUAUUAACUUGGCAACUGUCUGGUUUAGCUGCACGAGUUCUCCUAUUAACCACUGUCGAGAGCUAUCAUCCGAAGAUUAACGAUUACUUCAGAGGAGAAACAGACGUGGCGCUAGUUACUUUCCGUAGUAGCCUGCGACAUACCCCGUUGUCAUUUACACGGUAUCCGGAAAAUUGAUGGAGUCUCGUCGACGAUGACCAGGAAGCAAGUAAGCACGGUCGAUUCCUCGGUGGAAUAAACUAUUGUUCAUCCGUGUAGCUUGUUCUUCUCAACGGAUCGCGCUAUGGGGAAAAAAGUAACCAAAGAACUGGAAAGAUCCUUUUCAUAAUUGAGGCAGUAGGUUGUCAGACGUUUUUGAGCGACCGGUCAUUCGAUUCAUUUCUUACAAAUGGAAUACCACUUGAAUGGAGAACACCAAGAGCAGUUACAAAUCGAACGCUCCUUCGCGAAAAUAUCCAACCACAUAAUAAUAAAUAUUUCGCAAGUCGCGAAAAACACCUUACUGCAAAAAACUGGAUUCCAACGAUGGGCUCUCAGCUGUCGAGGAAAUGUUGCGAAAAAUGCGACUAGGAAGGACGAGGAAACUGGCUGAAAAGCAUUAAAUCGUGAAGCAUGUUUUACAGCUCGGACCCUACGGACGAAAGGAUGGAAAUUGUUGGCUCUAAACGAAUUGCUCGCUAAAGGGGGAAAGGGUCGAAACGUAUAAUUUAAAGAGCAGGCGGAAUAUGUUUUAUCGAGGGAGACUAUCGUUUCCUGAACUCCUCUCGUAAACGUUGAAAGACCGAUAAAAGUCUUAGCGACGAAAGUGGCGGAAACGGACACUGGAAUAGGAAAAGAGAGGAAAUGGAUCGAGUGUCAGCUGCUUCGACGAGGGUCUGAUUCUCGCGCACGUACCGUUUCCACGUCGGUCCGAAACGCGUUCUAAAUAGCAAGUAGCUCGCGAGCAGGGGUAAAAUCACUUUCAUCGUGCGAUCACGCGACAUGUGCUACGCUCAUGGAAAAAAUCACAGACGGAAGAGGAUUUCGUUCUUCUGGUACGUGCCGUUUCUAUCUUAACGCGGUCUGUCCGUAACGUGGGCAAUAUCGUUCUCGAUCCCCCGAUAAACACGUAUCUGUCAACCGAUUUUCGCUUCCAUGCGAUGUCUUCGGUUUGUUUAAUACAAUUUGCUACCGUGACCUCGGAUAGCGAAUACCGAGCUUUAACCCUAAUUACUGGUGCUACCAUACGCUAGUAGUUGAAUUAAUUUGCGCACAACAACUCGAAAAGUAUUCUUUUCAAAAUUCUUUUCUCAAGGAAACAAAUUUAAAUCUCCUUCCGUUGAUAUUUAGUAUGUAAAGUUUACGUACACAUGGCAAUUAAAGACUAAUUUGUUUUAUUUUUCUAUUGUAUUACAAAUAUUUUUAUUUUAUAAUUAUCCUAUUUGAUAUAAGGUAUGCCAUCAGCUCCAAUUUAUUUAAGAGAAUUUUAUAUUACUAUAAUACAAUACUAUCGGAGGUAAAAGGCUUCUAACUGGAAUACGGAUUUUAUUGGCGAGAACUUUUACCAUGUUAUCUUUGGCCAGCGAUGAAAUUAGAUUUCUUAUGCUUUCUAGUUUGCAGUUGGUUAAUUACAUCUUCUGUAGAAUGUCUCCCUUCGAACAAAUUAUCUAAUAAUUAUCUCCAAUUGUGAUGAAACAAAAAAAUGUUUUAUUGGUAAUCUGAAUGGAUUAUAGUGAUGUUUUUCAAAGUAAAGGGCUGUUUAAAAAAAAAAUCUAAUCUAGAAAAAUCCAGAGGAUUUACACAUCUCUUGUUAUAUGACACAUUGAUCCCUGAAAUUUAACAAGUACAACACAUUUGCCUUAUUUCAUUAAAAAUCUUGGACACAGAAAUUCUUUUUUUAAAGGGGUAUGCUAUUUAACGAGUUUGAGAACCACUGUUCUAUAAUACUAUGUUGGAAACAAAUUUUCUUAGUACAUUUUCAUCCAAGAUGAGAUAUUCGAUAAGAUCUGAAAAUAAAUCGCGGCUCGUUUUGUAAUCCAAAUGCAUGUCCAUCGUGGAACGUGCAAUGUGUCGAUACGCGAGACGUCGAUUCCGGCAGCAACGUCUCUAUCAAUGGUGGAUUUGCGUUUCUCGGUAGAGGUUACGUGUCUGUACACAGUACACUGUCGCAAAUACAGCGAUGUUUCUCUGUAAGUUUCUAUUACUUAUGCAGUACCUCGGAAAUUGACGAAAAUGGACGAGAACGACGAAUUCUGUCCAUUAAUUUGGUUUCAGCUAUUUUCAAGUUUUAUCGGUUUGGCAAAUACGAAAAUGCAUUAUCAAUUGGUGCUGAUUGUAGGUAGAAAGAGUUGCCGAAUUUGGGUUAGUUUGAAAUAAAUUAAAAGGGUCACUACGUUCGCCUUCGAAUCAUUUAAUUCAAUUUUCCGAAGAACAUUAUACAUUCGGAGGUUUUCUAUGUUGAAGCAUUAUUAGACUCGAAUCCUAAUUUAGACCACUGUAGAAACGAAGGUAAUACAUUUGCAGAUUAAAAUAAUCUCGUAUUGAGAUAUCAAUUAGUAGAUACCUAUUCAUACAUUUUAUUCAUCACUUCUUAGAAAAAGUAAAGUUUCUUUGGCAGUGAGCAAAUUAAAACAAAUAUUUCGUCAUUGGAAGUUUGAAUCGAUGAUUUGGUCGCAUUAACUAUUGAUCUUCUUCAAAAUAUAAAUAACGUUACAUAUAAUAUUAAUAAUUUUAAAUAAACAUGGGGAUAACGAAAAUUUGAAUUCACGAGCUCUUUUUUUUAAUAAAACCUUUUUUUUUUAGAAAAUUUUUUUAUAUUAUCGGUACAACAGUUAUAAAAUGAAUAAUAAAAUUAAAUCAGCGGAGAAGUUUUCUUUAUCGCUGAUUAAUUUAACAGCUACCGGAGAAACUUUUUUUAAGAAAGAGGAUUAGAAUCAGUGAUUAUUAUUCACACUGUAUUACGUUCGUUUGGUGUUUACGAAAUCCUGAAUUUACGAGUGGAUUCGACGGAAUAGAGGAUUCGAGUUCCGGUGCACGUUUCGGGAACGCGCGCGCAUACCUGAUGCGCGUAAUUUAUGCACGUUUUCAUCAUGCGAUAAUCCUCGGGCCGUAUCUUGUAACGCGUGACAAAUAGAUCGUCGUCUUUGACGCUACCAUUGUUGAUCCGACGACUCAAUGGGAAACUCGGCUCCGAAGUCAUCCAAUCGAAUCGAGAAACGGCGGCAGCCUGUUCAUGUUUGGAAUUGUUUGAAACGUGUCAGAUUAACCUCGCGAUCGUGUAACGUGUAACGUAGUUACUCUAUAGUGAGAAAUGCUUGUCUAGUUUCGAGGAACGCAGGUACAGUUAUAGUUUCUGUAUAAAAAUAUUAACUCACCCCAGGUCAAGUUGACUUAUGUACUAGAAUAUAUGAGGGGUUUUGUUUGAAAGUACUACAAGUCCAUAUUAUUUUGUAUGCAGAUAUUUAAGGGCUUACAUUUUUAUAGGUUCAAAAAUAUUAGUUGCUACAUCGGCUCUGCCGAAGAGUGGCCCGUUUUUGACUCCUUAUUCUUGAGUAUGGGGGGCGCGAUACUACACUCGGUAUUUGAGCGAGCUGUGACGUGGGACACAGAUUCCUGCGUCACAGCUUAAAUAAUUUUUAAAUAUUAUUAUUAUAUAUAUUUUACUUGCCUAUCGGCAAGGUCAGGUCUUUGUCACAGCAGUCCCGUACGGGCCCUGGCUCGUAUGUGAAUUUCUAUGUCCUUUUUUUUACUUAAGAUUUGGGAUUUCAAAUGGAUGCGAGCGGUUAAUUCAACUAUAAGAAUGUUCUACUGUUAACAUGCCACUGUAAUAUUUAUUCAAUUAAUAUUUUCGUGGUAUUGAUUUUGAUAAUACAAUGAGUUAUGCGAUUUGGCUCAAAUGUAUGUUUGGUUGACAAGAUUUAAUACACACACUUUCUUUCCUUAUAAACUCAUACAGAAAAUACACAUAUGAAAUCGUCAAAAAUUCAGUUACGCAUUUAAUAAAGAAAAACAAUAAAAAAAAUAUAUAUAUAUUUGUUCCUAGAAUAUCAGAUAGGGUUACCCCGGAAAUGAAAUAUAUCAUUUAUUGAUAUUCCAGAAACCAGAAAUUGUAGUUUCAUAUGAUAAAGAAUACAAUAAAAUUGUCGGAAUAAUAUUUUAUAAAAUAUCAAUGGAAAUACCACCCGAGAACAUCAAUUAGGGAUUCCCCGGAAAUGAAAUAUCAUUUAUUGAUAUUUCGAGUGGUCGCAACAAAAUAAUUUCAUAAUCAUUUAUACAAAAAUAUUGAUUGGAAGAAAAUCAACUCACCACUAAAUAUCUUUACAAUACAAGUCGAGAAAAACGCUGGUCUCGAUUAUGUGCGUUGUUCUGGUCGCCCUGUGAUUGAAGGAAAGCACACACACACGUUUUACGGUUAUAAUUAACGCUAAAUUAUAUUUACAACAAAAAAAAAUUAAUAUCAAAGUAUUUGAAUAAAUUAAAUUUAUAAAAGAAAUUGAAUAAAACGAGUUGUUUUACGAGGAAUUAGAGUCUUUGCCUACCACUCACUUCGUAUA